CGAGAGUUCCACUGACAGACUAUUAAGGGCAGGGGAAGGGGCUGUGGCAUGAUAGUCUCCCAGCAGCUGCUGAUACCAGCUGCUCUAUAUAUAGCCAUCAGGGCCUGGCCACUACAUUAGAGCACAUAGCCCCAACGAACAAGCCACAUGCGUUUAACUUUCUGGCUAUCAAAGAAAUAAGAAAGUAGUUUCUGUACUACUGCGCAACAAUUAGAAUGAACAAGCCCAAAAUUGUCAGACCCGAGGAAAGCCAGCCAGCACAUGCUCUGUGGUUUGACAGAAAGAAAUAUGUUACCAUCAACUUCAUGGUUCAUAAACCUAAAGACGUCCAGGUUGAUAUCCAGCCAGAUAAAAUGAUUUUAUGCUGCAAAAACGACUCAGAUGAUGUGAUCUACAAUGAGUUGCACUUCUAUGAAACAGUUCAAAUCAAUGACUCCAGAGAAAGAGUCUAUGACCGCACCAUCAAUAUCUUGCUAAGGAAGUUGAAGCCUGAUUACGCAUGGCCUCAGCUCCAGAAGGAUUUAGCUAAGCCCAGCUGGAUUACUGUAGACUUUGAUAACUGGAGGGACUGGGAGCAUGAAGAAGAUGAUGGUAAGGAAGAGUACGAAAGAUACAUGGAGAUGAUUCAAGAAAUGGCUUCCAGUAAUAAAGGACAAGCGCCAGAUAUGGGAGAUCUUAGUGAUUCUGACUGAGACUCACAGUACCCUCUCUUCUGUGUUGGAGGUCACUAUAACUUGAUAUGAUACUCAAGACAAUGCUAUAUGUUGCCUGAAGCUUGUAAUAUUUGCAGAUGAUUUUAUAUGUUAUUGUCCAAAAUACUGUUCUUAUAUAUGUGAUAUUUUCUAUGGGAUUAUUUAUUAUCAUAUCAGUGUCCACUGUAUGCUGAUAUAUCAUUGUCAAUUUGAAUAAAUGUAAAUGUAUCAAAAU